GUCCCUUCAUUGCCAUUCGCAAUGCUGACGUCAGUUAGAGGCUGAACUCUGUACCUGUUUAAAUGAUCUUAAGUGAGCUAACAUUAGCAGAGAAAUCACUUCCUCGUAGGAUUAGCUGAGAGCAGCCUCCGAAAUGAAAGCCUACGUCCUUCUCACUGUUCUGCUCAGCUCUGCUUUGUGUGCUGUGAAAGGAACAUCUACAGUGACCAUCCCUACCAAGAACGCUACCACUUCCCCUACAACAGAAACAUCUACACCGACCACCCCUGCCACCACCGCUACCACUUCCCCUACAACAGGAACAUCUACAGUGACCAUCCCUACCAAGAACGCUACCACUUCCCCUACAACAGAAACAUCUACACCGACCACCCCUGCCACCACCGCUACCACUUCCCCUACAACAGGAACAUCUACAGUGACCAUCCCUACCAAGAACGCUACCACUUCCCCUACAACAGAAACAUCUACACCGACCACCCCUGCCACCACCACUACCACUUCCCCUACAGCAGAAACAUCUACACCGACCACCCCUGCCACCACCGCUACCACUUCCCCUACAACAGGAACAUCUACAGUGACCAUCCCUACCAAGAACGCUACCACUUCCCCUGCAACAGAAACAUCUACACCGACCACCCCUGCCACCACCACUACCACUUCCCCUACAACAGGAACAUCUACAGUGACCAUCCCUACCAAGAACGCUACCACUUCCCCUACAACAGAAACAUCUACACCGACCACCCCUGCCACCACCGCUACCACUUCCCCUACAACAGGAACAUCUACAGUGACCAUCCCUACCAAGAACGCUACCACUUCCCCUGCAACAGAAACAUCUACACCGACCACCCCUGCCACCACCACUACCACUUCCCCUACAACAGGAACAUCUACAGUGACCAUCCCUACCAAGAACGCUACCACUUCCCCUACAACAGAAACAUCUACACCGACCACCCCUGCCACCACCGCUACCACUUCCCCUACAACAGGAACACCUGCACCGACCACCCCUACCAGCAUUGCUACCACUGCCGCUACAACAGGAACAUCUACAGUGACCAUCCCUACCAAGAACGCUACCACUUCCCCUGCAACAGAAACAUCUACACCGACCACCCCUGCCACCACCACUACCACUUCCCCUACAACAGGAACAUCUACACCGACCACGUCUGUCAGCACUGCUACCACUGCCCCUACAACAGGAACACCUGCACCUGCCAGCCCUGACAACACCACUUCCUCCACCCCUCCAGCAGCAGGACCUCCCACCUGUGAACACAACCCAUGUGGAAACAGUGCUGCUCAGUGUAUUACUCUGUAUCAAAACUAUACCUGCCAGUGCCCGUUUCAGUUCUACUAUAACUCAUCAGCUUGUGUGGAAGGAAAAGUAUUCCCCGGACAGCUCACAGUGAAUAUAGGAUACAGCAGCGAAAUGCAAAAUGUGAACUCACCCAAAUACAUUGAGGUGUACCAAGCCAUCGAAAAUUUUUUCCAAAAAGCUUUCUCUGACCGAUUAGACUAUGGACAGACAGUAAUUGAGACUCUACGUGGGCUCUCUUCAGCUAGGAAAAGGAGUACAAAUCCGACUGAAGUGACCUUUAUGAACAUCUUUGAAGCGAAGACAACUUUAUCCAAUGAAACGGUUGCAGAGCUUAUAACGAAAGUAAAUGGUGGCGAUCAAAUUGAUUCCAAGUCCUAUAAGCCGCUCAGCGAAUGUGCUGUGUAUGGAUGUGAUCUGGUGACCACUACAUGCCAAGCAUUGCCUGAUGGGCUACUAGUGUGCAAGUGCAAAGACGGGGCAUUCAAGAAGAACCAGGAAGACAGAGUUUGUUCAUAUUGCCGCAGCACGUGCACCAGCGAAAACAACGAGCACUGCACUUACAACAAGACGGGUUUUCCAGUUUGCAGUUGCCUUCCUGAUUUUAAAUCACAAGGAUCAAAAUGUGUGGCAUGUCCUGUUGGCUAUUCUGGAGUAGAGUGUGAGAGCAAUUUCCUAUUGAUCGUUAUAAUAUUGGCUUGCGUACUUGGGGCCGCUAUCCUCAUCUUACUUUCAGUGGUCAUUUACUUAUCAGUGAGAACAACACGGAAAUCCGAUCCAGAGAAGAAACGUUUGCUAAACUUGACCAAGCAAAAUGCAGAAGAAAUAUCCAAUGGAAGUUCUGGCAGCAACAUGGAGGCGGGGGGCAGAAUCUUCCCCAGGAUCAAAACUAAUGUGGGUCGAGCAAACCAAGGAUUUGAGGGAAGUAACCCUUACGUAGCGAACCCACCAAAUAGGAACUACCUUCCCGAGAAGGAUUACGACUAUGAUGAUGACUAUGAAAUGUCAGCAAGAGGUGAUGGCUUCAAGUUGCAGCGCAGAUCCUGAUUUUAAGUAGCUCAAGAGACUGCAAGGCUUCAAGAGAGACAAUGGACCAGAUGGGUUCUGCAGCUUCUUCACUAAUAGGAUGAUCUCAGCUGGGUGGCAGAUAGAAACCUUCCAACGCUCCCUAUCCUCCUGACAGCACCUCUUUGAAGGAGACAUCAGCCUUAAUUAACCUAAUUAAUUUAAAUCAAUGCCAAUAAAAAUGGUACCAAGAUGUCCUUAAGGGCAUGAAUAAGCUUCUCCAUCUUAGAUUCUGACCGCCCAGGUUUCUAAGGCAGUGGUAGAUCAAUGCAGCUCUAUCCAUCGCUAGCGCACUCAGGGUAACGACACUUUAACCACCAUGCCACCCAACCCUGCUCAGAGAUGUUCCAGAUCAUUUGAUGAUAAAAAUGCCUAGGCUCACUGCUGCUACCGUUACUACCCCAAGCAAACCUGCAGUGGUGUUUAGCAUGCUGGGACAUUGCCAAAAAAGUGUGCAAGUUUAGUGUAAGUCAAGGCUGCUAAGAAAUGCCUGUGAAUUCAUCCUCCUUUAGGUGCAUCGAUCUGCCAAAGGAACGGUCCCACCAAGGCGCUUGGAUCUUAAUUGAAACCCACAGUUGCUCCUGUGAUAAAAAUUCAAACAACCAGGAAUUAGAAUAAGUAUAGAUUCAAAAUUGCUUCCCUAUGCCUCUUGUUUUAGAGGGCUCAGUUCUGAACCUGAGCCACAUACACAUACACUUUCCUCCCCAUGCAGCAGCAUGGCUAAUACCUCAACACUAUAGCUCCUGGGCAAAAGCUAUAGUUGUCUUAUGUAAUUUGUGAUCACUUUUUUUUCUCUGGAGUCAAGGAAGGCAGAAGCCUUUUCACUUUAAAUGAUUAUAAUUCUGUGAAAAGCAAUGCUUGACUUUUUUCUCUUCGUAUUUCUAGUUUCUCAUACAUCUUCAGUGUUUCUUUGUACCUCCAGCAAAUCUUUUUUUAAUGAUACGUAAUCUAUAAUUUGGCAUUUAAGUAGGUUUUCUAUUGGCUAAGGAGAGCAUUUAAAAUACUGUACAUAUAUUUAAAUAGGUUUGUUAAAGCUAAAAUAUAAUUUGAUUGAAUUGAAUGUUAUGUUUUCUGAUGCUCGUUCUCGAUAUGUGCAAACUAAACAGAUAAACUGCUCAGUAAACUGUUUGAUAUAAUGCUG